AUGCCACCUUACCCAGUCCAGACCGAGCCAACACUUCUGAGCAGAAUCUCAGCUGUUGAGGAGAAGCUGGCGGAAUUGGAGACACGGCUUAGUCCUCCUUCAACUAAACCAGAUGUGAACGUCAGGCAUGAAGUGAAAGAUGUUUCGGAGAACCGCGAUGGAAACGGCGAGGAAGAGGAAAAGGCCACAUCAAGGGUCAAAAUUGUAAUCAUCAAAACGAAUCCAGAAACAGGAGAAUCCAUGGAAGUGGACAGGGCACCUAAAGCGAUUCAGUCCAAGGAGCCAGAAGAAAGCAAUCAUGCAUUCAUCCUCCGCAAGCUAGUCUAUGACGCCAAAGACUCAGCCCAAAACGAUUCCGAAAUCAUUAUGACAGAUACGAAUUUGUGGGAGUUGUUGAAGAAGAAGCUUGGCCAUAUUCCUUACCAUGUGUUUCGAGGAUCUCCUGUCACGCUCUUCUCUCCAUUUCAGGCGAUUGUCUUCCAGUUUCAUGAACUGAUCAAGGAAAGUCAAGAGGCACGAGAAGGGGAGGCCGACGAGAGAACAUGGAAAGAUCUUAAACUCCUUUUGGAUACAAUUUCCAGUGGUUCCUCAGGUGAUGAAAGGCUUGACAAGUACUUCAAGAUCCGACCAAGCUACAGAAGCCGGGAACCGGAGACUAUUCAGUUUGAAGAUCUCUGGACCACAUUCCCCUCUGGUACCCUGGUGUAUGGGGAGGCUUUCCAAAACCAGCCUCAGGUGUUCAUUGUCAUGGCCAACUCUCGACCUUGGCCAUGGCAAAGAGAUGACGAUAGUCUAAAUAGUAAUCGUUUGGCACCUUGGUAUCUUCAUGCAUGGUCGUACGAUUGGAGAGACGGAACCUUUUGUCGAUGCCUUUUCUUACUCAAGUUCCAUCCUUUCGAUGGGCACCUCCCAUUGACCUCCUUACACUUCUACCCGUUCAACCUGCACCCGGAUUACCACAAUGUACGACAAGAUCUUAUCCGGCGAGGAAAACAGUUCCGCAAGAUCUGUGAGGCUAAACAGAGUUCUCGCCUCUACGAGUACAAAGGGAAAGCGAUAUUCGAAAGAGCGGGUCUUUCUUCUAUUGGGAACGAUGACGAGGUAGACAGAGAAGACCUCCUGGGGCGCCUCAAGUUAGCUGAUGAUGAGGCUCCCAAAACUAGAAAAGGUAAUGGUGGCACUAAGAAACUUCUACUGGACCUCGUUACGAGUCACACAUCAGCAAAGACUCAAAGGGAUGAUGAGGAUGAACAGGGCCUUGACGUUGACGAUAUCAUUCCCGAUAAAGGGAAAGGGCUAAUAAUUCUCCUCUACGGUCCCCCAGGAGUUGGAAAGACAUCAACGGCUGAAACCGUCGCAAUGGUCACUGGCAAAGCAUUGUUUUCAGUAAGCUUAUCUGAUGUAGGCACCCAAGCAAAGCAUGUUGAGUCGAACCUUGGGAGAAUCUUUGCUCUGGCCACCAAAUGGCAAGCCAUUCUGCUCCUAAUCAGCGACGAGGCGGAUGUAUUCCUGGAGAGCCGCGGGCGAGGCAACAAGGUUCUGUCUACAGACAAGAACGCCCUGGUAUCAGUUUUUCUCCGUGUCCUCGAAUACUACCAAGGAAUCAUGUUCUUGACCACAAACCAGAUCGCUGAAUUUGAUGUCGCGAUCCCUUCACGCAUCCAUCUCGCAAUUAGAUACGAAAGUUUGCAAACAUCACAGAUGGAAGCUAUCUUCGAUAGCUUUCUCAGGGAUCUGGAUGAACGGAACCUCAUCGAGGACUACUCCGACAUCAAGGAUUGGCUAGAUGAUAGUGUGUAUAAGGAAAAGCUUGAUGGUCGCCAGAUUCGCAACAUGGUUACUACGGCUCUAGGUCUCGCUCGUGCAGAGUCUCGUUCUGGUGGAGGGCAAAAGCUGAACAAGAGGCAUCUGAAAAGGGCUUUUGGGAACAUCAGUGAUUUCAAGAGGGACUUCAAUACGCAGAUGCAACGGUACAUCGACGGGCAGGAGAAGAUGAUCAAGUAA